AGGAGAUGAGAUUAUUAGUUUAGAGCGUCUCUCCCCAAACCUAGACUGGUCCCAUUGCUCUCACCACAUUCCCUAAUUAGCAUUUCCAUUUAAUCUCUUCGGAAAGUCUUCAGCUUUAUUCUCCUCUGUUUUUGCAUACCAAACAUCUCAGUUUCUCGAGUAGGGGAAAAAAGAUUCUUCCUUUUUGUGAAAUCUGAGGAGUUCUCGUGUAUCAGUGUCAUGGGCUAAGGUUUAAGUGUUAGUUUCAGCUUCAAAACUGUGUGUUGGGUCCUUUCACUGGUCAUGGCUACUAAGCUUGUGUCCUCCUCAGCGUCUAUAUUGGUUCCAUCGUUUCAACCUCGGUCUUCUUUGCAGUUUCGUCCAUUGAGGCGGCAUCAGCUUACUCAUGUCCAUUGUUACCAUUCUCUGAACCUUAAACCUGAUAAAAUUGAUUCUCUUCACAUUUCCUUCAGAGACCAUAAACCAAGAGAACUCUCCCCAAAGAGAGCUUAUCUGCCUCUCGCUACUUCAGAAGAACAGUUCCAAUACACUGACCAAACACCAGACGAUCUAAGUCAACAAACUAGUCCCGAAGAUACACCUCAAGAUGAUAGUUCAUCUAUUCAACACAACGGAAACGGAGGCAAAUCAGGUUUCAUUUCAUUUUACAACCCUCAGAACAAACCAGAAGAUCUCCUUAUCCCUCCUGAAACACAAACCACACGGGAACGCCUACUCUGGCUCAUUGGUCCUACUGUCUUGGUCGCCUCUUUCACUCUACCUCCCAUUUACUUAAGAAGAAUCGUCUCAGCAAUUUUUGAAGAUUCUCUGCUCACAGACUUCCUCAUAUUAUUCUUCACUGAAGCUCUCUUCUACUGUGGAGUCGCCGCUUAUCUUCUCAUAAUACACCGUUCAAAAACAUCAUCCGGCAAAGUCCAGGACACCAGAACCAACCCUUCUCAGUUAGGACAAAGAAUCUCCUCCGUAGCAACAUUAGUACUUAGUCUAAUGAUCCCAAUGGUGACAAUGGGAUUCGUAUGGCCAUGGACUGGACCUGCAGCUUCAGCUACUCUUGCACCGUACCUUGUAGGCAUUGUUGUUCAGUUUGCUUUCGAGCAGUACGCUAGAUACAGGAAGUCUCCAUCAUCUCUCACCAUCCCCAUCAUCUUUCAGGUGUAUAGACUUCAUCAGCUGAAUAGAGCGUCGCAGUUAGUACAAGCAUUGUUAUUUACGGUGAAAGGAGCAGAGGCAACAGUUCAUAAUCUGGAAAUCAAGAGAUCGUUGGGUACGCUUUUGAGUGUGAUACAGGUUUUAGGUAUGAUUUCAAUGUGGUCUAUCUCUAGCUUCCUCAUGUGGUUAUCAUCAUCUUCACCUUCUCAAAACAAGUCUUGAACUAGUAUGAACAGUCUUGAAGAAUAAUUGUUUUGAUUUCAGUUUCUAAACUGUAAAAUAACUUCACAUUUUGAUAGAGUUAUUUACAGUUGAAUGAUAAAAAAAAGUUAUGGUUCCAGUCUUGACUCCAG